AUGGUCCUCGAAAAUGCUUCGGUGGUUCUUGGCAUGAUAUUGCAGUCCAAACCUUCACUGAUCACCCCUAUGCUUAACUUUGGGUGUUAUUUUCCCUACUUAAAUCUCUAUUACUGUUUCCACAAAUCCUACCAGAACUUGAAGAAAAGUUGGCAUCCGCAAACUCUGAAAAACAUCGAGCGCGUGUGGAAAGCAGAGCAGAAGCAUGAAGCAGAGAGGAAGAAGAUCGAGGAGCUGCAGAAGGAGCUGAAAGAGGAGCGAGCCCGGGAAGAGAUCACCAGAUUUGCGCAAGAGACCGGCGCUGUGAAGAAGAAAGAUGACCGUUUAGAUUGGAUGUACCAGGGUCCAUCAGGACAGAUCUCUCGGGAGGAAUACCUUCUGGGUCGCCCCAUUGACAAGCAGAUCACCCAGCAGUAUGAGGACCAGGAGAGCGGCCCAUCCGCUGAGACUGGGCUCCUGCCUGGGUCCAUAUUUAACCCCUCCAGUGCUGCCUCCACCAAUGAUAUGGCUGCCAAAAUCAGAGAAGACCCUCUUUUUGAGAUCCGCAAACGUGAGGAAGAGAAGAAAAGAGGAGUUCUUACAAAUCCUGUCAAAAUGAAAGAAAUCCAGAAGAUGUUGCGUCAAAAUCUGGAAAAAGAGAAAAAGAAGAAAAGAAAAAAGGAAAAGAAAGAGAAAAAAGAGAAGAGGAAGGACAAAGAGCACAGGAGGAGGAGUUCGAGCUCUGAGGACGAGCGCAGGAAGCAUAGGUCAAGAGAGGAAAGAUCAGAUGUCACAACCUCUAAUGGACAUCACAGAUCAGGCUAUGGACUUCAAUUACCAGCACACAGGUCCACUCACUCAUCAGCGUCCAACCACACAGAUCACCGCUCGAGAGACAGAAGUCGAUCCCCGUUGUCUCACAAAGCAGAUCGGGACAAUCACUCCUCUCGAGACUCGGAGCGGAAAGCUAAACCCAAAGCCCCCAGCCCACCGAGACACAGAGACCGCUAUCAACGACCACAGUACACCAAUUACAGCAAGCGUCUCUCCGCUGAAGAGUUGGAGAAGAAAAGAAGGGAAAUGAUGGAUUUUGCCCGUGAAAGAGAAGUGGAAAGGGAAAAUAAUGUGCAGAGAUACAAGCGUCAAGAGGAGCAGGAGAAAGCCAGAGAUGACGCCAAACAGAACCGUCAUGCUGGCUUCAUACAUGAGAUGAAGCUGGAGAGCGCUGCCACCUCCUCUCUGGAGGACCGUGUGAAGAGGAACAUUCACUCCAUCCAGAGGACGCCUGCUGCGCUGGAGAAGAACUUCAUGAGAAGAUGAGAACACCACACCAUUCAUGCACACCUCUGUACUUUAGUGUUUCAUGAUGGUUUAAAUGUGUUUUAUUAAAGGCCGCUGUAUUAGUGAUCUUUGUGCUUGUAAAUUAAAUGGCCAAAAGACACUUGACCCUCUCAAUGUUUUGUUUCUUAAAUGUUUCUCCAGGGACUCUCCCGUUCAUAUCCCUUCUCUGGACAACCAACAUAGCAAUUUAUGUAUAAACAUGCUUGUUUGCCACACCAGAAUUUUUUUUUUUUUUUUUACUGUUGAUACAUUUUUGAUGAUUUCUGAUUUAAUCCCUUGAGCUGGCUGGUCACUUUGUAUUUUGUUCCCCCCCCCCCUCCACACUCAUUACAUAUUUUGGUAAUCAUGCUAAAUUUAGAUGUUGUGUGAGAGGUUAAAAAAUUCCUUCUGUGAAAUACAUUUUUAAAUCGGACAUUGUGUUGCCAUGGAAAUAAAACUUUUAGUGAA